CCACACCCCACACUAACAGACAACCAGAUAUCGCUUAUUUCGCGCAAGACACCUAUUAAAACCCGUGCUGCCUGGCGAUCCAACCUGCAUCGCUCAUCUCUCGACGUUCCAAUUGCAAGACCAUUGGCAUCCGCAUUCAAAAUGACCUCAGCAGCUGCCAUUCACGCCGUUAGCGAAGGCCUUCAUAAGUUACAUGUCCUGCCAAAGGUCUCAACCGAUGCAGAGGACCAUGGCGAGGCUAUUGGCCAUUCUUCCGUCGGUGGAGGCGGCCAGUCCGGCCUCAGAUCCGUCAAUGCUAAGGGCGUGCUCCGGGUCAGCCGAGCGUUGACUGCCAUGCUGGCCACUGAGGGCGUCAUUUCCGACCAGGACGCGGAAGGCGAUCUUGCCCAUCCAUCCGCCGCUGUCAAGGCCUUGCUGGAGAAACCGCAUAUCAAGGUGCCGCCGGAACUGCUGGAUAAAUCGCAUCCGUUGUCCGAAUACUUCAUCUCCUCAAGCCAUAAUACCUACUUAAUGGGCGAACAGCUCUAUGGAACUUCUGGCUCUGAGGGAUAUGAAGUAGCUCUGCAGACUGGAGCCCGGUGUGUGGAGAUUGAUGCCUGGGACAACGAGGAGAACAAGGAGGAGCCAAAGGUCACGCAUGGCUACACCCUGGCUUCUCACAUUCCCUUCCGACUGGUCUGCGAGACUAUCCGCAACGUCAUGGAUCAUGAGGCAAAGGCAUCUGCUCGCUCGGGAUCGCGCCCGGGACCCAUCCUGAUCUCGCUGGAGAAUCAUUGUCAUGCACAAGGGCAGCAGCGUAUCGUCUCGAUCUUCAAAGAGGUCCUGGGUGAUCGACUGAUCAGCAAAGCCGUUCGGGAUGAAGGCCACGAGGAGCAAAAGGAAACCGGCACGCAAGUCAGGCUGGAGGAAUUGGAAGCUAAAGUGGCGCUCAUUGUCGAAUUCUACUUCCCAGAUGGAAAGGAAAUCGCCGCGGAGGAGGCAAUGAAGGAAGAGGAGGAGGUCGAGGUGCACGAUCCCAACGAAGAUGAAGCCGCCAAGCAGGCCCGUCUCAAGUUCGAGGAGACGAAGAAGAAUGCGCCAAAGCCAAAGAUCAUUCCAGAAUUGGCCGAGCUGGGCGUGUACGCGCAGUCCGUCAAGCCUCGUGACCGCUCCUGGCUGGAAGGGCAGCUCAAAGGAGGCCCCCACGACCACCUCAUCAACGUAUCGGAGACGCAGGUCACGGACCUGAUGGGUUCGUCCAAGGCUCAACUUGCCCAACAUAAUUCCAAACACCUCAUGCGUGUCUUCCCCAAGGGCACUCGAAUCACGUCCAGCAACAUGAACCAAGUGCCCUACUGGGGUGUCGGAGCACAAAUCUGCGCCCUCAACUGGCAAACCUUUGGCUGCGCUUUGCAACUCAACGAAGCCAUGUUCGCAGGAAGCGACGGGUACGUGCUGAAGCCCGCCGCCCUUCGCGCCGGCGGCUCCGGGCAAGUGAGCAGCGGCAAGAAGAAGAAGCUCCAAAUGCUCGUUGAGGGCGCAACGGACCUCCACAUUCCUCCGGAGUACCAGAUCGUCGUCGAGCCUUACGUCACCUGCACGCUGCAUCACCCCGACGACCUCAAAAACGUUCGCCCGAAGCAGAAGACCGAGCCGUACAGGUCGCACAAGCUUACCUCGCGCUACAAGCAUUUUGCCCCGCCCGCGAGCAAUCCCAUCUGGGGCAAGACGCUGGAGUGGGAGUACGAGGAGAACGAGCUGGCGUUCUUGCGCAUCCUCAUCAAGAGCGAAGAGACUUUCCACAAGAAUCCUGCGUGGGCGGUUGCGGCGGUGAGGUUGUCGUAUGUCCAGCAGGGAUGGAGCUUCAUUCGCAUGCUGGAUUUGAGUGGCGGUGAGACGAAUUGCACGCUGUUGGUCAGGUUUACUAUUACUGAUGCCUGAGCUCGGUAUCAAUUGAGCGACAGUCAAUAGACAUGCGAGUAUCGUAGAGCGACCAACAAAAUCUGUGCAUUUGUUACUACUGCCCCAUUCUAGAAUCCAACCAGACCAUCCAGCGCAAACAUUCCAGAC